AUGUAUUACAAGUGAAUAGACAGGCUCAGGAGAAGAUUUAGAAUUAUUUGUAAAUGGGAACAAGCUGAAUUAGCCUAUUCUCUUUAUAGCUCAAACAGCACUCAUCAAGUUACUUCAGUGAGCCCAGAUAGUAGGCAGGCACCACUUUCCAAACAGAUAUUGUGAUCCAAGGCGCCUUACUUUCAGAUUCUGAAGAUUUUCUGUUAA